UCAAGUCCUGACAACAUGCAGAGGAUAGUCUUCUGCCUGAUAGUCAUCUUCUCUGGAGCAGCGGCCCACAAAUCAAGCUCUCAGGAGCAAGACCGUUUCAUGAUUAGGAUGCGUCUACUCCUAGACAUUGUUGAUCAACUGAAAAAUUAUAUGAAUUACUUGGCUCCUGAUUUUUUCGCAGCUCCACAAGAUAUAAAGGACCACUGUGAGCUUUCAGCUUUUUCAUGCUUUCAGAAGGCCGAACUAAAGAUAAUAAAUGCAGGAGACAAUGAAAAGAUGAUCCAAACGCGAAUUCACCAGUUGAGGAGAAAACUACCUCCCACAAAAGAAGGGAAAAAACAGAAACACAAGCCAGAGCUGGAAUGUCCUGCUUGUGAUUCUUAUGAGAAGAAACCACCAAAAGAAUUCCUCGAAAGACUGAAAUCACUUCUCCAGCGGAUUAUUUAUCAGCACGCCUCCUAG